UUCCACUUGGACCGCCCACGCGCUUGGGAGCGGCGCGAGCUUCUGUAGACUGUACAUACAGCUUCUCCACUAUAGGUUUCAGCCACCAGCUAUUGUCAUGUUAGCACGAACCAGAGGUGUGUACCGGACGCUCGGCCGUUCCGUGUCAGCGGUGAGCCAGGCACAUAAUGUUCUACUUCGGCAAAGUGUAUCAGGCAGCUCUGUCUGUAGUCGACCACUUUCAAGAUAUUCUCAGCUAUGUGAAUUUUCAUCAUCAGCAAAUGUCUUCCAUAUCAGAUACUUCAAGACAUCUGCUGUUCAUAGGGAUGAAGUGGUCACAGUCAAAACUCCUGCAUUUGCAGAGUCUGUUACAGAGGGAGAUGUGAGGUGGGAAAAAGCUGUGGGGGACUCAGUGGCGGAAGAUGAGUUGGUGUGUGAAAUUGAGACUGACAAGACCUCGGUACAAGUCCCUUCUCCAGUAGCUGGUGUAAUUGAGGAACUGCUGGUGCCAGACGGUGGGAAGGUAGAAGGAGGAACCCCCCUCUUCAAGCUCCGGAAAGGAGCUGCUGCUGCUGCCAAAGCUGCUCCCUCCACAGCUCCAGAGGAACAAGCUGCUGCUGCUCCCCCUCCACCACCACCAUCUCCAGCUUCAACCACCACACCCAUGCCUGCAGCGCCACCACAGGCUGUCCCAACAAAGCCUGUUUCUGCUGUCAAACCUAUGACUGCACCUCCAGCACCAGCUUCUCCUGCAGCAGGAGGCAGAGGAGAAAACAGGGUGAAGAUGAACCGUAUGAGGUUGAGGAUCGCCCAGAGACUGAAGGAGGCUCAGGACACCUGUGCUAUGUUGACCACCUUCAACGAGGUGGACAUGAGCAACAUUCAGGACAUGAGGAAGAACUAUAAGGACGCUUUCUUGAAGAAGCAUAACACCAAACUGGGUUUUAUGUCGCCGUUUGUAAAGGCGGCAGCACACGCUCUGAUGGACCAACCUGCUGUCAAUGCUGUCAUUGAUGAUGCAACUAAAGAGAUAAUAUACAGGGAUUAUGUGGACAUUAGUGUUGCUGUGGCAACUCCAAAGGGUCUUGUUGUACCAGUGAUCCGUAACGUUGAGACAAUGAACUUUGCUGACAUUGAGACGGCUAUUACCGCACUGGGGGAAAAGGCUCGUAAUAAUGAGCUUGCUAUUGAAGACAUGGACGGAGGCACUUUCACCAUCAGCAAUGGUGGCGUGUUUGGCUCUAUGUUUGGUACACCCAUCAUCAACCCUCCCCAGUCUGCCAUCCUGGGCAUGCAUGGCAUCUUUGACCGACCUGUUGUCAUAAACGGAAAGGUCGAGAUCCGGCCUAUGAUGUAUGUGGCCCUGACGUACGACCACCGGCUCGUUGACGGGAGGGAAGCUGUUACUUUCUUGCGCAAGAUCAAAGCCGUGGUGGAAGAUCCCCGAGUGCUGCUUCUGGACAUGUGAUGUUUCUUCCACCACAUUACUCAGAUGUAUAAAAUGAACUCCACACCACAAAACACGCACAAGUCACACCAAACCUGCCCCCACACAACUAUUGUUUUUUUUUGUCUCUGUGUUACAGGGGAUACUGAGAUUGCGUUUUUAACACAACAUUGAAUUUAAAGUGCCCGUCUAGUAUGUUCGACCAACAAAACAAAAAAGGACAAGAUUUCUCCUUGUCUUUUGUAAUUGUUUUGCUACAGGCAAGUCACACAGGUGUUUUCUAACAUCCACAUGCUCUUCAGGUACGAAGCGGUAGAUAAACUCUUGCUGCGUCCUUGACACUUGAAAUGUAAGUGGCUUUUCCUGGCAACAUUUGGCUGCGAGUGAACAGUCUACCCAGCUCGUUAGUUUGUUCUUCCUCCUCCUGAGCCACUUUUUCCACAGCCGGGGCCGUGCACGGCUCACUCGGAUGAAUUCAAGAUGUUUUAAUGUUAACACAGGAGUGAAGAAAUGUCCUUGGUUUGCUGCUGGUCAUUGUUACCAGCUACAGUCUGGAAACUGGGAUUUUGAGCGGAACAGAUGCUUGUCGGUGCUGUGCCUUGAAAUCCAUGAUGUUUAUCUGGUGAGCGUCUGCUUGAAGGUUCAGUUAUAUUUGUCUUUUAUACUCUACAUUCUUGUUUUUAAACUUUCCUUGCCCUUGUCCGGCCAUUGGAAUUCAAUCAUUUUGAUCAAUUCUAAAAAGCUCUUUAAAAAAUUAACAUUAAUUCACUGUUCACUGUUUUUUGUUUUUUUGCGAUAAUCUUAUGGGCAGUGUUUUGGAUGGAGAUUCAAAGACGCGCACAAUUUGCUUGCACAUUUUUAUUGUCAUUGUGCUACCCUAUAAAUAAAAUACUUGUAUCUAUUUAAAGAAACAUCUCAAGCAUUUUUAUGUAAUAAAACCUGUCUCACAUA